ACUGUCAUUUGCUGUCCCUGUCCUCUUCAAAACAAAAUCUUUUGAUACGUGACAAAAUAACACCAAAAAUAUAUCGUUGAAUGUUGAUAAUAUCGUUAUCGUAAUGUUCUGUUAAAAUAAGUUGUAAAUUUCUAUACAUCAAAGCAAAUUAUAUAUAUGUUUCCUUUGUUUACACCAGUAAAUAGUAUAGCACCAGCUAAUAACACUAUUUGGCACCAUUAAUAGCGAACAACAGGACUUACAAGAUGACUGAAUACUGGCAGUCGACGGCUCGCAAAUAUUGUGAAUUUUGCAAGUGUUGGUUUGCAGAUAGUAAAGUGUGUAUAUCAUUUCAUGAGAAUGGUAAGAGACACAAGGAAAAUGUUCAAAAGCACAUUUCUCAACUUAGCAAAAAGAGCGCGAAAGAAUUUAAGCAAAAGGAAAAGAUAGAUGAUGAAAUGAAAAAGAUGGAAGCAGCAGCGAUGGCUGCUUACUUAAAAGAUGUUAAGAACAAUGGAGACCUGACAUCUAAAGUAAUUAAUGAAAUGGUGGAGAAGAGUGGUGGCAGUGCUGCUGAUAUAACUGUGAGUUGCAGCACUAAAGAUAAAUCAGCAUAUGAAUGGCAUGAAAUUAAAAGUGACAGUGGAAGUUCUUAUUUCUGGAAUACGAAGACCAAUGAAACAACCUGGAAUGCACCAGAUAAUUAUUUGUCAAUAGUUAAACAAGAAGAAAAGAAAUUAAAAGAGGAGCAGCCAGAAAAGAAACAGAAAAAACCCAAAAAGUCAAAACAAGAAGCGUGUUUCAAAGAAGUUGAAGCUCUUAUGAAAAGGGAAAAGAUGAAAGAAAUGUCUGAUAAAACUAAGCCUAGGAAUAGCGAUGAUCAGUAUGGGCCGUCUCGUCCAACCAAUCCAUAUGGAUCAUGGAAACCUGUUGUGGAUGAGUGUCAAGAAAGCAUAGACUUGCAGCUGCCGAAGUCAGGUAAGCAGAAGCCGCCGCCGCCCGUACUCGUGCUGCCCGAAGUCGUACAGUUCAAGGAGAAACGCGUCGACUCCCUCGGCGACGGACCAGUAGACUUCAAGAAGAGAAAACUUAACGUCCAAAAACGGAACAUACGACAGAAACUCGACGAUGAGUAAUAAAUAUUUUACUAUAAAAA